CCCCACCGCCCCUUCUUCUAUCCCUCAAUUUCAGUCUGUAUGCAUUAACAAAAAAAACAUACAUACACUUAAAAUUAACCCAAAAAACAACUAAUUAUAUUGAGAAUCGCUUCGAUCGUUGCUAAAUUCCUGCGAAAAAUUUAUUCUUGUCGAUUGCGCCCACCCUUUGCCGUUUAGGAGUUUAUUGGAAAUACAUUUGGUACACGUGUUCUUCUGUGAAUGGUGGUGAUCAACCAGUGUCUGGGUUUUUAAUUUCAAGGAAUUGGGAGGGAAUUUUGGAAGUGUUUGUUAUUAGGUUUUUGUGGGUUUUGUGAGUGCUUUUUUUGGGUUAAAGUUUUGUUCUUUGAUUGGGGAGGUGAUUAUGCACCUCAUGCUGGAUUUCAGGAUACAGGUUGGGUUUGGGUUUGGGAGAAUUUGAGCACUUUGGGGGGAGGUUUAGGGUUAGGGUAUUUGUGGCCCAGGAUGAUUCAGGAGCCUGAGCUUGAAGAAGGAGAGACUUGCUAUUACAAUGAUGAUGCAACCACUGAUCCUGAUGUAGCUCUCUCUUACAUUGGAGAGAAGGUUCAGAGCAUACUGGGCCAUCUGCAGAAAGAUUUCGAAGGUGGAGUUUGUGCGGAAAAUUUGGGGGCAAAAUUUGGUGGAUAUGGCUCAUUUUUACCCACUUAUCAACGGUCUCCUUCAAUCUGGUCACAACCAAAAUCUCCACCAAGAGUUCAAAAUUCCCACUUGCCUAUAUCUCCUAGUGCCUGUCCGGAGGGACCCGCCCCUAAAUCAGUCACACGUUUGACUCAGGGGGAUGAUGCAUCUUCCCCCAGUGUGCGCUCUAGCAGACAAAAGGCAACUUUAUCUUCUGGUAAAGUUGCCGAGACAUUCACAGGAAAAAGUGAACCUCCUUCUAGUAAGUUAGGUCAUCUGCUAGAUCAAAGAACACUGAAGGUUCGCAUUAAAGUCGGACCUGAAAGGGUGGCUCGAUAUAAUGCUCAAAUACAUAGUCUAGGGCUCACGUCUCCAUCUUCCUCGGAGGGGAACAGUCAAGAUGAAAGUAAUGAGUUGCUACUCGAAACUCGUGAAACACUUACUGAAUCUCCAGCCUACAUGCUUGAGAUGAUGACUUCUUUUCCAACGUCCGAUGGGCCACUUCUUUCACCUCUGUGUGAAGAUUUACUAAAUUUAACGAAAGAAAGAGAAUGUAAGUUAGAAAGUGAGUAUAAAGUUGCUCCCGAGAAUUCUGCAAUGUCGAUUAAGAUAUUGAAUAACGAUGUUCUAGGGGGGAAGAAGACAAAGGCUGCUGACGACAAUUGGAGAGAUAACCGAGAGUAUCUUGAUGGUUGUGAGCAGAAAAAUUUGCACAGUGAUAUUUUGGAGUGCAACACGCAGGCAAUUCACGACUUUAGAUGCAAAUCUUUGCCUGAUAAAGUUGAGAACUUAGAUAACAAUACUUUAAAUAAUAAGAGGAGGGAAAGUAUGAAUGGGGAAAACAGGCAAGCUGUUUCUGGUCAUUCGCUCCAGGAUGUCUCCUUCGGACACACUUCUUUCCAGAGUCAUGGCAAGUGUGAGAAUCUAGAAUCAAGAUGCACUUCUCCAGAGAAAAUUGAGGAACACAUGGCUACGACUUCUCAGAAGGAUGUUUCAGUUGAUCAUGGCAAGAGCAGAGGUAAAGGAAGUUAUCCGACAUGCAAAGCUUAUUCUGAAGGUGAAAUGGUUGAAAAGGCUAUAGAUGACUCGACUUUGAAAACUGGUCCACCAGUGGUGAGCUUAGCAGUUGAGGGCGGAAAAAACUCAAAAGUACGUCACAGUAGUGGAAAGAAAGCUUUGAAAUCAGAUAGUUUCAGGGAUGGUGAUCGUGCCGUACCCAAAAAGAAAUCCAGUGGAAGGAAGGAUGCUAAUCUGGACCGAAAAGAUGCGGUUCAGACAAGUUUAGAUCCUACGAGGAAUCCAACACAUUUAUCGGACAGGGCCUUCGUUAACUCGCCAAUGAACUUUAAUCUCGAUGAUGUGAAGGCCAAAGCUGCACCUGCUGAUAAGUUGAAGGAGAGGUUAAGUGAUAAGAAAUAUAUCGACGUUGCACCGUCAGACAGUCAUAUGGCAGAGCCUCCAGCUGCAGCAGUACCUUUUAAGGAAGGAACCUUUGGUGGGCUCGAGCAGACAGUGGUAAAUCCCAUGGUUAUAAAUGAAGAGUGGGUUUGCUGUGACCGUUGUGAGACGUGGCGUCUCCUACCAUAUGGCAUAGAUCCGGAACAACUUCCUGAGAAGUGGGUAUGCAGCAUGCUAGAUUGGCUCCCAGGAUAUAAUCGUUGCGACAUCAGUGAAGAUGAAACUACAGCAGCUCUUCGCGCGCUGUAUAAAAUUCCUGCCCCUCAAAAUCAACACAAUAUCCAAGCUCAGGCAAAUGGAACCAUGGCCAGUGCAGCUACAACUACUGCGCACAAUUUUAAUCAGAACCAUCAUAACUUCGCGUCUGAUCCAACGAAGAAACCGAAACUGCAAAAAAGUGCAGUCAGCGGGAGUUAUCCACUUCAUUCUAAAAGCCAAAUGCAAAUGCCUCUGACGGAUUCGGAACAUGGUGGUGGUAUGAAGGAUGUUAAGCUGGCCCUUGCAAGGGGAAAUUUUACAAACCAAAUCGAUAUGCAGCACCCAAGUAAUUUAGCAUCUGGUUUGGCCAAACUAAAUAAACGAAAUGGAGAGCAUCUGACAGGAGCUGAUUCAAAUCCGAGGAAGAAAAUCAAGCAGGAAUCGGGUAGAUAUUUACAGGGGAAGGAGCAAAUGAAAAGGAUUAAGUCUAAAGAUGAUCCAACAUUUAACAAUGAUCUUGUUGAGAAUGGACACGGUGUGACACCAGGCUUUCCGAGUAAGGCAGCUUUGAGGAACGGGACGAAAAAGAGUACCAAAAAAGAAGUGAUCUCUGUGGGACCUGGCAAUAUCCAUAUUAACGUGAAGCAUGGAGAAGUUAUGCGUAAUUUACCACAUAAUGGGCAUCUGGAUUUGGAAACUUGUAAUGCUGGACAGGUAACAGCUAAAAAGAUAACAUUGAAGGAUAAUGUGUCUGCCCAAGAAAGAAAAGUUUCGAUCAACAAGAACAAGGAUGGUGAUGUUCAUAGAGAUAAGAAACAGCGAGUGUCUCAUAAUGACGAAGAUGGAUUCAGAGGAAGUCGGGUUGGUGAUAUUUUGAAAAGAAGAAGUGUGGAGUUGGGGGAUAGAAGAUAUCCAAUGGAUGGUAGCAUCGAGAAUGAACAGCAGGUGAAAAAGCCUAAAGCAAUGAUGCGUCUCACUAUUGAAGAUAUAGAUGAACUGAGAAAGGAUUUAGGGUGUGAACAGUUGUCAACGGCUGCCACUUCGAGCUCCUCCAAGAUUUCCGAUUCCCGCAAAAACAGGCUUAGCUACGCUGAGAUGAAAGGCUCACCAGUGGAGUCGGUUUCUUCAUCUCCCAUGAAGAUGCUCUAUCAGAACCAGGUGUCACCAAUGAUGAUCGACACUGCAGGGAAAGUCGAUUUUAGGUUCGACGUUGCUGCUGUAAGCAGUGCGAAGAAACAGGAGAUGGAUAAGGCUUCAGAAUUCGGCACAUUUAGGAGGAGAAAAUAUGGCCUAACCAUGGACAAUGGCUCAAAAUUUUCAGAUUCGAAGAACAAACCAAUUAAAGAGACAGCCAUCAACGAAAACAAUCGUGCGUCCAAACAUGAAGUGGUGAGUAACAUGAGACAUCCUCUCUCUGGCGAUUUCAGCCUCAAGUCUGGUCAAAACAGUCCGGUUGUUGGUAAGAACAGUAUCCGAAAAUUGAAGGAUAGCAGUAGUGAGAAGCAACCUAUACAGAGAGAACGUGAUAAGAAUGAGUCAGAAUUUAAUAAUCCCUGCAGAAGCAAUGCUGUGCAUCAGAGCCAUAAACAUGAUCCUCCAAGAAGAACAGAGCCAACUUCCGCCCUGAUGGAACCGUGGAGAGGAAAGGUCCGCAUUGACCUGCGUCAGGGACAAGACUCAGUUCUUCCUAGCAAACAAGCAUCGGGGCCAUUAGGUCCCUUGAAAAAGAGUCCUAUGGACUCAAGACCCGACAAUGCGUCUGUACUUGGCGAUACAUCAAAAUAUCGAAAAGGCACUUCUAACAAAAACGUCAUUAAUAAAGAAGCAGAGAAACAAUCUUUACCUCUUGAUGAUAGCCUUUGGAACAAGAAUGUCUCUAGUGCUACUACAUCUGCUGCUUUGAAUGAAGCUGAAGGCGUCCUAAAAGAAGCAGAAGAACUUAGAACCCAUGCUGAUCUUAUCAAGAAUUCUGGUUUUAGCUCUGAAAGUAAUUAUGAAUACUUUAAAGCUUCCCUAAAGUUUCUUCACGGAGCUUCACUUCUGGAAGUCUGUGACGCAGAGCCUAGCAAACAGAUGGAGACGAGUCCAAUGCAAAUGUAUGGUGCUGCGGCCCAACUUUGCAAAAUAUGUGCGAGUGAAUAUGAAAAAGGUGAUGAAUUGCCCUUCGCUGCUUUGGCAUAUAAAUGCAUGGAGGUGGCGUACCUGAAGGUAGUUUAUUGCAAAAGCUCAUCAGCAUGCAGAUUUUGCCAAGAUUUGCAAUCGAGUCUGCAAAUGGUUCCACAGGGUGAAUCUCCGUCAUCGUCUGCUUCUGAUGUUGAUAACUUGCAUAAUUUAGCAAUACCGGACAAGGCCGCAUUGUCUAAAGGCAGUGGCCCUCAUGCUGCAAAUCAUGUUAUAGUGCCUCGCAAUCGCCCCAACUUUGUCCGGCUGCUUGAUUUUACGAAAGAUGUGAAUUCUGCAAUGGAAGCUGGCAAGAAAUCGCAGGAUGCGUUUGCAGCUGCCCAUGUUGAACUCAAAAAGUCUCAGAACAGAGACGCGAUUGAUUCGAUCAAGAGAGUUAUUGACUUUAGUUUUCAAGAUGUAGAGGAACUCGUACGUUUGGUAUGGCUCGCGUUUAACUCCAUCAACCACCAAGGUCUUCGUGGCGAUAGAGACUAGUCGAGAAUCACACACUCUUCUAUCCCUGGAGCUACAGAGUUAUCGGGUACUAAAAGAAAACAUAACGGCUAAUUGUAUUUCUGUACAAAGUGGGAUCCAUUCUUGUAAAAGCAUUUUUGACUGCUUCUUCUUCUUUUCUUCACGAGAUUAGGGCUCGAAACCCCAAUGUAAUGUCGGCCGGGAACGGGUUUUGUGAACGUUAAAGCCACGAGAUUCGGAGCCCGAAUGAGAGUACAGUUUAGAUAUUGUAGGUUAUAUAGAUCAUAGGUUAGUAUAGAGUGGUAGUAUAGAUGAAUAUAACAAUAGUGAAAUUACAAGUCAAUAUAGCUAAUUAUCAGUCCUUUCCAUUGACAAACUAUUUAUCAACAUUUCAUCACCGUUCAAAUAUUUUGCUGUAUAAUUUUGUAUGAGUCACGUUCAUACAAAAUCUAUAAAGAUUCAGAAAAA